AUGAGUCAAAGGAAUCGUACAACAUUAAGAGAUAAUCCAAGUGGUUCAAAGAAGUUAAUGUCAAAAAUAGAAGAGAAAGAAGACAUUGGAUUUUUUGUAGGAAGUGAUUAUACAAAUUUUAUUAAAUCAAGAUUUAAGACAGAAGAAUCCAUUUGUUGUGUAUUUGCAUUAAAAGAAAAAGUAAUAGUAGGGUCAACAGUAGGAAGAGUUUAUUUCUUUAAUAAAGGAGAAGAAGAUAUUGGAGGAGAAGGUAUUUUUAAUUCAACUCCAGUUCUUGGAUUUGCAUUAGACUCACGUGGACAUGUUUUAGUUAUUCAAGAGAAUAAUAUUCAUGGAAUUGAUCCAAAUGAUGGAAGAAUUGAAAUGAAUUUAGUUUCAUUUACUGAUGAACAAGUUACAAAUACAACAUUUGAUCAACAAAACCCAUUACAAUAUUGUUGUGUUAUUAAACAUUUAAAAACUAAACAAAUUACUUUAAAAAUUACAUUAAUUAGAAGUCCAGGAGAACGACCGACCAUAUUAACUGAUAGUUUACAAAGAAGUUAUAUUAAUCAAAUGAAAUGGAUUGGAAAUACUGUUGUAAUUGUUAUGUCAAAUAGAAGUGGGGAUGGAAUGAAUAGAGAUAUUAUUGUUUAUUUUUAUGAUAUUAAUGCUAGACAACAUUCAAUUAUACCUUUUAAUAAUAUUGAAGUUAAAAGUAGUACUUCUUGUUGUGUUUCACCAUUAAAUAAAGAGGUAAUGGUUUUAACAUGGGGAAAUUUAAAAGGAGAAUUUCGUGCAGUUCCUGGAUAUGAUGUUUCAACUCCAAAAACUUUUAAUGCACCAACUGCAUUUUUUGUUCCACGAGGAGUUAAUGAAAUUUAUAGUCUUGGAUUGUUAAAUGAUAAAAUGGUAGGAUUUGUAAAUUGUAAAGAUCAAGGAGCAAAAUAUGGACUUAAAGUUCUUGUAAGCAAUGAUGAACGAGAUAAAAAAGCAACAUUUUCAUUGAUGCCAAAAGAAGAUAUUAGUGAAUAUUUUGAGUUAUAUUCUGAUAGAACAGAAGAAGAAGAAUAUCUUUGGUUAUUAACAGAAAGGAAAUUUAUGAAAGUUAAAAUGUUACAAGAUAGAGAUAUUAUUGAUAUAUGGAAAGAACAAAAAAGAUAUGAUCUAAUUCUUGAAAGAGUUAUUAAAAAAGAUAUGGAUAUUGAUAAAGAAGAAUUAAUUGAGUAUUGGCAAGAUUUAAUCUUAUCAGUUAUGGAUGGGGCAGUAACUGAGGUAGAAGAACCAUAUACCUUAAUGGAAGAAUACUUAGAAUCAGAUUCAAUGGAAUUAGAAGAUUUCUUAGAAAUUACUCAAAACUUUCAUAUUGAACCAAAAGAGUUUAGAGAAAAAGAUAGUAAAGAAGCAAGGGAAUAUGAAAAAUUAAAAGUCCAAAUGAAAGAUGGUUUGAAUAAAACAUUAUUAUUCUUUACUAAUUACACGAUUUUCUCAUUAAAAAAAAAUGAACAAAGAUAUUAUGAAUUAGUUAGUACAUAUAACACAUUUUAUAAUAAUAGAGAUAGAAAUUACGCAUAUGAAGACGCAUACAAUACAUUAGUUACAUACUCUAAAUUAAAAGAAACAAUUCAAAGAGUAAAAAGUGUAGAUAAAUAUGAUAAAAUUCCACAAGAUGAAUUAUUAGGAUUAAUGAGAAAAGAAUUAAACAAAUAUAAAACAUUACUUCUUUAUCCAAAUUUACCAACAAAUUUUCAAGAAAUUAUAUCAAAUAACACAAUUGGAUCAAAAUUUGAUGGAAGAAAUGAAGAUAGAAUUCGAUUUCAAAAAUUUAAUAUGCAUUAUAAAAUAGAAAAUUGUAUGUUUGAAGAAGCACAAAAUUUAAUUUUUAAAUUAAAAGACCCAAAUUUAUUUAAAAUGUUUUUAGAAAAGCUUCAAUCAAUUUAUGAUUUACAUAUGCAAAAUAUUAUUGAAAAAGAAAAACAAGAAAUGGAAAUUAAAAAAGUAUUUGAAAAAGAAGGAUAUAAUCUUAAAAACCUUAGUGAUGUUUAUGUAAAUGAAGUAGGAGAAGUUAUGAAAAAAGCAGAAUCAAAUCCAUUAUUACAAUUUAGAUUAUAUCAACUAUUAUUUAAAUUAUUAAGUGAAAAAAAAUAUCCUAUUGAUAAUUAUGAAUCUAGAGUCGGUGGUGGGAUUCCUAAAUUAUUAUUUGAAGCUACAAAAGGAAGUAAAAAUACUCAUGAAAUGCAACAAAUUGUGAUUGCUUUUAUUUAUUCUACAAUUAGUGAUUAUAAUAAUUUAUUCGAUUUUAGAAAAAAUGAAAAAGCUGUUGAAUUAAUUACAAGUGUUAUGGAAAUCGUUAAUUCUUUAGAAGUCUCUAUUUCUCGUGAAGUUUUAAAAGCUCAAAAUUAUGGAAAUAAAAAAUGGAUUAUUACUUUAUUGUAUGAAUUAUCUGUUUAUAAAGAUCAAUUAUUAAAUGUCUUAGAUGAAGAUGAAACAAUGGAAACUUUUGCUCAACCUGUUUGUGAUGGUUUAAGAAAUGCUUCUUUAAGAUAUGAAGCCUUAUUAUCUGCUCAACACAUUGCCCAUCAACAACAAUUUGAUUAUGUCAAUAGUAUUAUCGAUAAUUCUAAAAAAGGAAUAAUAAUAGAAGAUAUAGAAGGAAAGUGUUGUAGUUGUAAUAGGUCUGUUGUAAAAAGAACUUUAUUUAAAUGUGGUCAUUGUAUGUGUGAUCAGUGUUUGGAAAAACUUACUGCUAAAGGAGCAAAUAUUGAAUGUUCUGUUUGUAAGAAUCAAAGAUUAACAGAACAAAAACAAAAAUCUCUUUCUUCUAUUCAAACCCCUCAUCAUAAAAAGAAGUAA